AUGAAUAAGGAAGUGUGUAAAAAGUUCCAGGAUUUAACGACGAAUUUAGAAUAUGAUUCGAAUGAUGAAAGCUAUAAAUUUAAAGAUGAUAAAUCCAAAGAGUACUGUACUAAUGAAAAUUGUGAUGACGAUUUCAAUAAAAUUAAUAUUGUAUGUUUAUUUUUGUUUAAUGAAAUCUUUGGGAAUUCUACCUCGUUUAGUUUUAUUGCAAAAAGAAACACCAAUAUUGUUGAAUACAUUAUGAUAUGGUUAAGUUAUAUGUUAAACUUUAAGAAAAUUGAAGAAAAUGACACUAUAAAGAAUUUUUAUGAAGCAUAUAUAAAUAGUGAUAAUAGGUAUAUUACGGAUAUAAAUAAUGUUAGUGGCUAUAAGAACUAUAAGGAUCUUAUAGAUAAAAAAGAAGAUUUGAUGAGUAUUUAUGUUAAAGAUAUGUCUAAAUUUUAUGAUGCAUUUGUAUUAUUAUGUCAUAUCUAUAUUGAGGUUAAUGAAGAAAGCCUAAAUUGCUAUAGAUUUUCGAAAAUAGCUAAUGAUUUUGCUAAAAAAUAUGAUGAACUUAAUGAAAAUUAUAAUAAUGGUAAAGGCAGCCCCUAUAAUCAAUUAUUAUCUACAUUAUCAAAUGAUUAUUAUAAUUUAAAAAAUAAAUGUAAAGAUGAUCAAUCUAGCAACUUUCCAUCACUUCCAACAUAUUCACGAAGAUUAGUAAUAAAAAACACACUAAUUUCAAUUGGAUUUAUAUUUGUUGCCGUAUCAAUUUUCUUGGGAAUUGCAUAUAAGUAUUCGUUAUUUGGAUUUCGGAAACGAUUUCAAAAGCAAUGUUUAAGAGAAAGAAUAAAAAAUAUAAAGAAGAAACUGAUCAUUAAUAUAUUAUUCGAAGAGUAG